GUCACUUUCACUUGCAUACAAAUAAUUUUCACCAAGAAAAUUCUCAAGUGGCCUUGUUGCAGCGUUGGAUUGCGGUAGUUAGUUAUCUUGUGAAUAUAAAUGUGUAAACAAUAAGUGUUGGAUCAAAGUUAUACAUAAGUAAUAGUUAUGGAAGAAUCAAAAACAUCGUUAAAAGUGCCUCCCAAUCAAGACAAAACCCAAAACGACAUCAUACGAACAGUAGUGGGAGACUUUGGACGAUGGCAACUCAGAAUAUCACUGCUGAUGGCUUUGGUAAAACUCCCAAUAGCCUGGUUCCAACUUAGCAUAGUAUUUCUAGCACCGUCUACGAAAUUUUGGUGCAAAAAACCUGAAGACUUCCAUAACAUCACCGAUGAAACGUGGAGGGUGCUUAUGGAACCCAACAACACCAAUUCAGCAAAAGGUUUGAACCAAGGGCAUUGUUUAAUAAGAAACGUAGAAUCUUCUAAUAUCGAUAAUAUUUCUGAAGAUCUAAUUUCUUGUACCAAUGGAUUUAUUUAUGAUACAUCGAUGUUUUUAUCAUCUAUUACGACAGAAUGGGACCUAGUUUGUGACAAGCAAAAAUUUACCGAUCUGUCGCAAAUUGUGUUUAUGUUUGGGGUCUUGUUAGGCAACAUAAUAUUGGGCGUGCUUGCAGAUAAAUAUGGAAGAAAACGAAUUCUGGUCAUAUGCUUAUUUUUCCAAUCCAUAUUUGGCAUUUUAGCAUCUUUCAGUCCAUUCUUAUGGCUAUUUAUUUUACUUAGGUUUCUCCUAGCGUUAACCAAUGGAGGUACAAUGGUUACAUCGUUCGUUUUGUGCAUCGAAAUCGUAGAAGGAAAAUGGAGAACCAUUAUACCAAUUUUAUACCAAAUACCGUUCGGUUUGGGAAACAGCGUAAUGUCCAUCGUGGCAUACUUUCUGAGAGAUUGGAGAAAGUUUCAUUUAACGAUAAGUUUACUGUCAUUUUUGUUUGUCAGCUUUAUCUGGUUAAUACCGGAGUCUCCCAGAUGGUUGCUGGUGGCCGGGAAAAAGAACAAAGCUUUUAAAGAGCUGAUAUUCGCCGCCAAAGAAAAUAAAAGGGACAUGCCCAAUUUCAAAGACACCCUCCAAAAUAUCACCCAUAACAAAUCGUGUAAAGAUAACGGUAAACUGAAACAGCUGUUUUCAACCAGAGAACUAAGUAAAAGAACCAUACUGUUGUGUAUCAACUGGGCAAUAGCUGGUAUUACUUUCUUUGCCUUCACACAGUAUAUGGGAUUUAUUGGAAACAACCUAUUUCUCAACGUUGCUUUAGGAGGAUUUACUGUGUUACCAGGGACAUUCCUUUGUAUAUUUUUGGUGAGCAAUUUUGGACGUCGCCUCACUAUAGCCUACUCUCACGCUUUUACUGCACUGUGUUUCUUCCUCAUCUUACCAUUUCCUAAAGGAGUGUAUCCUUUUGACUGGCCGAGGAUCCUGUUUGCUGGUUGCGGCAUCAUUGGAUUAUCAGUGUCAAUUCCAGCCAUAUACCUCUACACGGGAGAAUUGAUACCGACCGCAUUGAGGAACACAGGAUUGGGCUUCGUUAUGAUGUUCUCGCGCUUGACAUCAAUGCUUGCACCACUAAUUAUAUCUCUUCAAGACGUAGCUGUGUUUCUUCCUCUGCUAAUACUGGGCGUUGCCACGGCAAUUCAGGUACUUCUGGUUUUGCCACUGCCCGAAACGGAAAAGUCCAGAUUGCCGGACGAUAUCAAGGAUAUUGAGUCUAGAUAUGGUCAGAAUGAGGCUAAAGAUGAUGAGAAUGGCAACCAAUAUUUGUAGUAAACCAUUUAAUUUAUUCGCUUCAAUGAAGUGUAGUGAUAAAAAAACUAUAAAUAUGAUGUAUUAAAUUAUUAAAUUUAAUUUUAUAUAUACAG